GAAAUGUCUUGCGAUGAAGUCUCGGCAGUCAAGACCUCGUUUCCCCAGAGUUCCAUUGCCAUGCCAAAAGAACCGACAUUCCAUGUGACAUUAAUCGUAUCUUGUAAUGCUCAACAGCAAACGAUUCCUCAUCCCCACCACACAAAGCAACAUAUCCAACGAGCAAACAACACAAACAUACGCUGAGUCAGCACGUGGCGCAGUCGACCCUCCAAGUUGAUCUGCCACGUAGCGCGUUUACACUUUACCUACAGGUUCGGCCUACUUGACCGUUAAUCAUGAGUGCUGGAAAUAUCAUAUCGAGGAUGGACGUUCGAGGCAAGAUACGUGCUCUACCGAUUCGUCAGACGACACAUCAGGUGCUAUCUGUACUUUUGAUUUUAUCCACCGCCAUGAUGAUUUGGAAGGGAUUGGUAUUGUUGACACAGACGGAAUCGCCUGUUGUUGUUGUUUUGACUGAAAGCAUGCAUCCGGCAUUUAAUCGCGGAGACAUCCUCCUCCUCACCAACCCCCAUCCAAUACACAUUGGCGAUAUAGUGGUCUUUAAGAUUGAUUCUAAACCGAUACCAAUCGUGCACCGUGUCAUUCAACUUCAUCAGAACGCGACACAUGACCUUGUAUUGACCAAGGGAGAUAAUAAUAGGGAGGAUGAUCGAGGAGGAGAGAUUUAUCCUAUUGGAAAAAUAUGGGUUGAGAGACAUGAAGUUGUUGGGCGAGUUUGGGGAUUUUUUCCCUUUUUGGGGAUGUUGACAAUCUGGGUCAAUGCAUACCCGGUAGUAAAGGUGGGGUUGGUCGUAGGGCUGAUACUGGGUGCCUUGUUAUCAAAAUCAGAGAACAAGUAGAUGAUACAAUUUUACAUGGCUGACACAUUAAUGGCGUAGCAGUGAAAAAUAGGGAUGCGAUGACGGAUUCUAAUGUAUGUAUUAUAUAUUUAUCAAUUUGCAUGGUGAAUUAAAAGCAAGGGGACUCAAAAAAAAAAAAAGUAUCAG